AUGGCUACCACUCUUCUCAGCUGCAUUCUUUCUUUCAGCAUCAUUGCUUUGAUCCUAAUCUUAUCAAACCCUCACCUUACUCUGUCUAUGGAUUUCUCAACCGAUAUCGUCCACGAUGAAGACGGCGAAGAUCAGUAUUUGGUAGACAGUACUCAGUCUAUGAUCAAGAUCAAGAAGGGUGCACAUUGCAAUCCCUUCACUAAUAACAUCUGCAAUGGGAUACAAGUGAACAAUGGCACAGGUCUUCUCCAUUGUUGCAAGACACAUUGUACAAAUAUACUAAGUGAUCAGAAUAACUGUGGAAGGUGCCAACACAAAUGUGGAUUUGGACAGAGAUGUUGCCAUGGGAGGUGCACCAAUGUUUCAUUCAAUCCUAAUCACUGUGGUAAGUGCAAUAGAAAGUGCUUUCAUGGCAUCAAGUGUGAGUUUGGAAUUUGUGGGUAUGCUUAA